AUGUCGCUUAGCUUGUCGCCGGACAUGCGCACGUUCGUGUCGGGGGCCUGCGAUGCGUCGACGUUCCCUGGUCACGAGUCUGAUAUCAACGCUGUGGCGUUCUUCCCGAACGGCUACGCGUUCGCUACCGGCUCUGACGAUGCCACCUGUCGCAUGUUCGACAUUCGUGCCGACCAAGAGCUGGCCAUGUACUCACACGACAACAUCAUCUGUGGCAUCACUUCGGUCGCCUUCAGCAAAUCUGGUCGACUGCUGUUCGCUGGUUACGACGACUUCAAUUGCAACGUAUGGGACAGUAUGCAGCAAGAGAGGUCCGGCGUGUUAGCCGGUCACGACAACCGGGUCAGUUGUCUAGGCGUUACCGAGGAUGGUAUGGCGGUUUGCACUGGCUCGUGGGACAGCUUCCUGAAGAUAUGGAAUUAA